AUGGCGUCUAUGUCACUGGAGGUGGCUACCACCUUCCUGUCCUUCGCUUCUCGCCACCAAACUCCUCUUUUCAGAGCCCGCACCAGUCCCCUUCUUCCAUUCGUAGCUAAAUUACCCAAGUCCUCAUCUACCAUCCGCUCCUCCCACUCCUCGCCCGCUCCUUUCCGUUUCUCCAUCAGACCUUCUGACGCCGGACGCCGAAGGUUCUCCUCCAAAGCCGCCGCCGCCACUACAGCCUCUCCCUAUAGCGAGGAAUCCGAUGUCACCACGAAAAUCCCUCCUGAUGAUCGCAUUCCGGCCACCAUCAUUACUGGGUUUUUGGGUUCUGGCAAGACGACUUUGCUCAAUCAUAUCUUGACCGGAGAACAUGGCAAGCGCAUAGCAGUGAUUGAGAACGAGUACGGUGAAGUUGACAUAGAUGGCUCUCUAGUUGCUGCCAAGACGACUGGAGCAGAGGACAUAGUCAUGUUGAACAAUGGUUGUUUGUGCUGUACAGUAAGGGGCGACCUCGUGAGAAUGAUUGCGGAACUGGUUAAUAAGAAGAAAGGAAAAUUCGACCAUAUUGUGAUAGAGACUACUGGGUUGGCCAAUCCAGCUCCAAUCAUUCAGACAUUCUAUGCAGAGGAUCAAGUUUUUAAUGAUGUCAAGUUGGAUGGUGUUGUCACUUUGGUUGAUGCUAAACAUGCUACCCUUCAUCUGGAUGAGGUCAAGCCAAAGGGGAUUGUCAAUGAAGCUGUGGAGCAAAUUGCAUAUGCUGACAGGAUCAUUGUUAACAAGACUGAUCUUGUUGGAGAACAAGGCAUUUCUUCCCUGGUUCAGAGAAUAAGGAGUAUUAAUGGCAUGGCUGAGAUGAAGAGGACUCAAUUUGGACAAGUUGACUUGGAUUAUGUACUAGGGAUCGGAGGCUUUGAUUUAGAGAGGAUUGAAAGUGCAGUCGAUGCAGAUACAAAAGAAAGUGAUGAUCAUGACCACCACCAUCAUCAUGAUGAACAUGAUCAUCAUCACCAUGAGCAUGAGCACAAACAUGAACAUCAUGAUGGUCAUCACCACGCUCACGAUCACACUCAUGAUCCUGGUGUUUCUUCUAUGAGCAUAGUUUGCGAGGGGCUCCUAGACCUAGAGAAGGCUAACAUGUGGUUGGGUACAUUGCUGAUGGAAAAAAGUGAGGACAUAUACAGGAUGAAAGGGCUUUUAUCUGUUGAGGGCAUGGAUGAGAGAUUUGUGUUUCAGGGUGUUCAUGACAUCUUCCAAGGCUCACCGGAUAGGAAAUGGGGGCAGGACGAACCGAGGAUUAACAAGAUUGUUUUCAUUGGGAAGAACUUGGACAAAGAGGGGAUUGAGAAGGGCUUCCGCGACUGUUUACUGUAA